GCGAGAAGGCAGGAUCUCAAAAUGUUAACAAAGCAGCUUGCCGGCCCAAGAUGAACGCAACAAUGCCCUUGUACAGAUUCGUCAAGAGACUUUUCGAUGGCCCCUUUCCUGAAAGAAGAAACCCCCGAGGGUCAACAGCCGAACCACUCACCAGCGCCAGCAGCAGAGGCGCCGGUGUACAACAUCCCCCAGCACCUGACAUGGAACGACCCUCAGAACCGGAAACUGCGAGUCUUGACUAUUGGCGCCGGUAUAUCUGGUAUUUUGAUGGCAUAUCGUAUCCGGAAAGACUGCCAGAACGUGGAACAUGUCAUCUAUGAGAAGAACCGAGACAUUGGAGGAACAUGGCUCACCAACAAGUACCCACGUGCCGGCUGUGAUGUUCCAAGUCAUGCGUAUACGUACCAAUUUGCAUUGGUGAGAGGGUCCUUGCUUCCAAGCCCGUCUUGCUUGAAACUGACAACGUGGGUGCCUGCGUAUAGUACCCGGACUGGCCGCGAUAUUUUGCCUUUUCCGAUGAUUUGUGGAAAUAUCUCGACACGGUCUGCAAGACUUUUGAUCUCCGUAAAUACAUGUCUUUUCACACCGAGGUCGUAGGCUGCUACUGGCGUGAGGAGGAGGGAAUCUGGACCGUCAAGCUACGGCAGCAAAUACCGGGGCAAGAACCUCGUGAGUUUGAGGAUCAUUGCCAUGUGUUGUUGCAUGCGACAGGUGUCUUGAGCACUCCAAAGUGGCCCGAUGUCCCCGGUCUGACAGACAGGUUCAAAGGACGAGUAGUCCACACCGCACAGUGGCCCGAGGAUUACCAGCAGGACAAAUGGGCAAAUGAACGCGUUGCUGUCAUCGGCUCCGGCGCAUCAUCGGUUCAAACAGUUCCUGGGAUGCAGCCUUACACAAAGCACCUCGACGUUUUUGUCCGGACGGGUAUCUGGUUUGGAGUCCUGGCCGGCAACUCGGGCACGCCAUCCAAGAUCUACACGCAACAGGAGCGUGACGAGUUCAGACGGAACCCCGGCCAUCUUGUUGCCCAUGCCAAGGCUAUCGAGAGCGAAGUGAAUGGCACCUGGGGCGCUUUCUACAGUGGUUCCAUGGCGCAGAAGGGGGCGUCUGGCUUUUUCCGCAAGCGUAUGGGGGAAAUUAUCAAGGAUCAACGUUUGCUGCAGGGUUUCACCCCCACGUUUGGCUUUGGGUGCCGAAGGAUCACGCCUGGUGAUCCUUACAUGGAAGCCAUCCAGAAAGAUAAUGUCGAUGUACACUUUACCGCUGUGGUCAGCUGUACAGCAGACGGUGUGGUGGGGGCCGAUGGCGUUGAGCGCAAGGUUGACACGGUUGUCUGUGCCACUGGCUACGACAAUACAUAUCGGCCUCUUUUCCCGGUCGUAGGCAAGAAUGGCGUUGACCUGAAGGACAAGUGGGCAACUGCUCCCGAAUCCUAUCUUGGGCUGGCGGUACCCGACAUGCCCAACUUCAUGACCUUCAUCGGACCAACUUGGCCUAUCCAAAACGGGAGCGUCAUGGCGCCAUUGCAUUCCGUUUCAGACUACGCGAUCAGGCUGAUCAAGAAGACGCAGAAUGAGAACCUUCGCAGCUGGGUACCGAGGCAAGAUAUCACUGACAGCUUUAACGAGCAUGUUCAGGAGUGGGUGAAACACACCGUGUGGGCGGAUGAAUGUCGCAGCUGGUACAAGAACAACGAAACUGGCCGUGUCAACGCCAUCUGGCCCGGAUCUUCGCUCCAUUACCAGCAAGUCCUUGAGCAACCUCGCUAUGAGGACUUUGAGUUCCAGUACAUGGACAAGAACCCCUGGGCACACCUGGGUAUGGGCUGGACGAUGCAGGACAGACAGGGACCGAAGAACGGUGCAGACGUCGCUCCGCAUUUGAGCCUCGAGAAUAUCGAUCCGGAAUGGUUGGAGGCCAAUGGAAUCGGCAACAGCUCAAAGGCGGUUCAGCCGGAGGAGAAAAGUCAGGGGAGCGCCAUGAGUUGGAGUUUGUUGAGCAGCUUUCGAGGUAUCCAUAGUGUGUAA